CCCAACCCAACCUAAUCGAACUCGACUUACAUUUCACGCGCGCAAAUUCAGCUUUAUUUAAUACAAUAUAUUUUUCCAGCUCUAAAAGUUAAGCUUGCAAAUUUGCAAUCAUGUGGAAUGAAAGCUCCACGAAUUUUGGAGGCGGAUUUUUGGAUGAAAGCACACAAGGAGGAACCGGAAAAAAGAGCUCGCAAAGUAAUGACAGGAGUAUCGUCCCUGUAAUGAUAAAGCAUAUCACAUCCUCAACAGGGGAUUUGCAGAUUGCCGGCAAAACUGUAAAUACUCUUACAUUCGUUGGAAUCGUACGUAAUAUUGAUCAAGAUACAACAAAAAUCUCUUUCAGUAUCCAGGAUGAUUCAGGUACUGUCACAGCUGUCAUGUGGUUAGAGGCAGAUAAGAAUCCUACAGAAAGUAUUUGUACACAAGUUAAUACAUAUGUACGAGUUUAUGGAUUAUUACGCAAUCAAAAUAAUCAACAACAUGUGCUGAUUCUGCGUAUGCAUCCUCUCGAAGAUUUAAAUGAACUGACAUGCCACUUUAUGGAAGUUAUGUAUUUUAUAUUGAAGGCUAAAAAACCUACCGAAGAAUCUUUGCCUUCUUUACCUCAGACAUUUGACAGUACAAUGAGCGGUAUGUCAUCUGAUCAAGUGGCAGUUCUUGAAAUUGUUCGAUCAUCAAAUGAAGCAGAAUGUGGUAUUGAGAAACGUGAUAUUCUGACACGACUGCCAAAACAUGUUAUACCUCGCAUAGAUGAAAUAUUAGAUUUUCUUCUCUGCGAAGGACAUAUUUACACAACCAGUUCAGAAGAUUUCUUUAAAGCUACCUAAAUGUAUAUUGCAUAUUAAGAAAAAACCUUAUUUAAAUUUACAUUUAAUGCAAGCUAUUUUUAGUUUACUACAUAUAUAUUUGUUAUAAUUUUUUUCUUUCUUUAGAUAAGAAUAAAGAAUUAAAAAUAUUUUUUUUCCAUUUGUAUAGCAGCAACAAAUUAAUGAAAUAUAAGUGAUAAUUUGAUGUCAAAUAUAUAAAUGUAUACAUUUUAAAUUAAAAUAGUUUAAUAUUAUACAUAUUUAAUAAAAUA